UGUUUAAAGCUGAGUCUCCCCCUGUUACUCAGCAGUAAUGAGCUCAGUGCUGUAUCUGCUCUGUAGGGAUCGCGUUUCCUUUACUUCAGUCUUUUGAGUCACAGGAGUGACGUAAUUUACGGGAUGUCAAACCCGUCCAAGCCCCGCCUGUUUUGUGUUAGGGGGGCGGGGCUCUGCGGCUCCUUUUCUUGUUCAUGUCGGUCUUUCUGUUUUUAUAACAUGUGAAGAGGGAUUACUGUGAGGACACGCCAUGCAGUUUAUUACUGUUAUUACUGCUCUUAUCCUCUCCUCUCUGCCUGACUGGGGAUGCUUCUCUGAGACUGUCCGUACACUGAGCCAUGUGGAGAGAUACAAUGUAAUAAGACUUCAGAAACUGAGCAGCCGGAGCCGGAGGAGCAUCUCUAACCAGGAACCAGAGCAGUAUCCUGAGAAUCUUCGCUAUCAGUUGUUCAUGGAUGGAAAUAGUCACACAAUUAAUUUGGAGAAAAACAGACUGCUGGUUGGACAUAAUUACACUGAAAUAUUUUAUAAAGAGGAUGGAUCAACUGUGAACACGUUUCCCAGUCUUGAGGAUCACUGUUAUUAUCACGGCCAUAUUGAGGGUAUGGAGGACUCGUCAGUUAGUGUUGGAAUCUGCUCUGGAAUGAGAGGUUUUGUUCGGGCUGAGCAGCAGUUGUACCUGAUUGAGCCCUUGAGUGACAGCACUGAGGGAGACCAUGCCCUCUAUAAGCAAGAAGAUCUGAGGAGGAAUAAGAGAGGGACAAAUAACACUGUUUACGACCAUGAACCCAGAUUGGCAGCCCUUUUCAAACGCAGUAGCAGGAAAGGCAGUUCUGCAUUUCGUACAAGGAGAUAUGUGGAGUUGUUCCUUGUCGUGGACAAUGCUGAGUACAAAAACUUUGACUCAAACGCUGGUAGAGUUCGAGCGAGGAUGCUGGAAGUCAUGAAUCAUGUUGAUAAGCUGUAUCGUCCACAUAAUAUUCGAGUGAUGCUGGUGGGGUUGGAAGUGUGGACAGCAGGAGAUCAGUUUUUGGUCAGUGUGAGUUCUGAUGACACUCUUACCAGGUUUAUUGAGUGGCGCAAGGACAACCUGUUGAAAAGAGUCAAGCAUGAUAAUGCGCAGUUUGUGACUGGAAUAGACUUUUUGGGUGAAACUGUGGGACUAGCAAACAAGUAUGCUAUGUGUGCUGUAGGCUCUGGAGGCGUUAAUCAGGAUCAUAACUCAGAUCCUGUGGGCUUGGCCGCCACCAUUGCACACGAGAUGGGACACAACAUGGGCAUGUCCCAUGAUGGGUCACACUGCAGCUGUGGUCUGUUCAACCUUGACUGCAUCAUGACGGAACGCGUGGGCAACAGAAACUUUCCGCAGGUCUUCAGUGACUGCAGCCUGGAUGAACUGAGUGUGUUUCUGGAGAAUGCCAACCCGAGCUGCCUGCUGGAUCCCCCCCGCUCAGACAGGCUGUACCAGGGCUCUGUCUGCGGCAAUGCUUUCCUGGACCCUGGAGAGGAGUGUGACUGUGGAAGUGUGGAGGAGUGUGAGAACCCAUGCUGUAACCCCAGAACCUGCACAUUUUCGGAGGGUUCUCAGUGUGCGGAGGGAGACUGCUGUGAGAACUGCCAGAUAAAACAGGCUGGCAGUGUGUGCAGGGCCUCAGCGAGUGACUGUGAUCUGGAGGAGUACUGCACUGGACUGUCAGAGAAGUGUCCUGAAGAUGACUUUAAAAUGAACGGUAUCCCCUGUGGCUUUGGUAGCAGUUACUGCUAUAAUGGCCAAUGCCCAACUCAUCUCCAGCACUGUCAGAGGCUGUGGGGAAAAGACGCUAAAGUGGCUUCAGACACUUGCUUCUUCAAGAACACCUUUGGGCACAGUGAUUCUCACUGUGGAAGGACUAAAGAUGGCUUUAAACCCUGUGAAGUAGAAGAUAUGCACUGUGGAAGUAUAUUUUGCGUUGGAGGAAAUACGCUCCCUGUCACCGGGCUGAAAGCUACUCUGCAGAUUAAAGAUAAGAUCUGUAACAUAGUCGGCGAGCGGUUCGAGGAAGAUGAACUGAGCAUGGUGCCGACGGGAACCAAAUGUGGGCAUAAUAAAGUGUGUUUUGCUAAUGUGUGCCAAGAUUUGAAAGUGUACGAUAUGAGAGACGACUGCUCGUCAAAGUGCAGCGGCCGCGGGGUUUGUGAUCACAGGAAACAGUGCCACUGUGAUUCUGGUUGGGCUCCACCGUACUGUGAUAUCAAAUACACUGACCUGCCUUCUGGAAAAGAGGCAAUCAUCGGCGUCUCAGCAGCGGUGGGAGUGCUGCUGCUGCUGCUGGCUGCAGGUUUUGGAGGUUGGAUUUAUCAUAAAAGGAAAACGAACACCAGAUCUAGUCAGAACAUUAAUGAAGAGCAGUUGAAUCCUGGUUAUAGAAAACGGCCUCAGAUCAGCCAACCUACUUUCAUCGAGUCAACUGCAACUCAGGCAUGCACCCCCCUUACAGUCCUAAUUGCCCCCACACAGACUGCAGAGGAUGAAGUGAAAAUUGCACGUAGGCCUCCAACCAUACCAAGAAGAUGACUAGUGGAGGAAUCAUCAUGUAAAUCAACAAUAGACUGCUCAGUCUCUACCUGACAGCACUGUGGAGGAUAGCUUGAGUGACACACAGGAUCUGGGUCUGUGUGCUUUUGUUUUAAUUCCGAGAGCAGGAUCACGUUGGAACCUGCUUAGAAUAUGUGUGGUGCACUCAGCUAGACUUGAAUGUAUAAGAAAAAGUUUUAGACUACAGAUUUAUAGACAGGCAACCACUUUAAAGACCAAACCUGCAUUUUUGUUGGGUUUUUGUUUGUUUUGAUCCACACUGUCUUAAUGUAAAGCACUAAAUGUACUGUAUAUUAUUAUUUAUUAUUAUUUUAUAUUCAUUGGCACUUUUGUAUUAUGUGUAUAUUUAAAAACUGUGAAUAAAACUUUUGGUUUUUACUUUUGACUUUUAUGAGGCGAAAUACACUGCCUGGCCAAAAAAAAAAAAAGUCGUCACCUGGAUUUAACUAAGAAAAUGAUCUGGGGUUGCUGCAUUUGGUCAGGUCUGGGUUUAUUAACAGUAUGUGCUGAAAGAAUGAGGUCAGCUGACUACCUGAAUAUACUGAAUGGCCAGGUUAUUCAAUCAAUGGACUUUUUCUAUCCUGAUGACACAGACAUAUUCCAAGGAUUAAUGGGGCUGGAAGUGUGACAGAGUGAUUCAGGGAGCAUGAGAUCAUCAUGUUCACACAUGGAUUGAGAGUUCACCACAAAGUCCAGACCUUAAUCUUAUUGAGAAACUUUGGGAUGUGCUAGAUGGAGAAGACUUUGUGCAGUGGUCAGACUCUACCAUCAUCAAUGCUGCAAGAUCUUGGUGAAAAAUGUAUGCAACACAGGAUUGAAAUAAAUCUUGUCACAUUGCAUAAGCUUAUCAAAACAAUGACACAAUGAAUCUGUGCCACAAUCAAAGCUAAAGGUGGUCCAACGAAAUAUUAGAGUGUGUGACCUUUUUUUGGUCAGUCAGUUUAUUUGAUGUGACAGCAAACAAGGGAAAGAAAAACACUAGAGAGUGUUUCCUGUCCUGCCCCACACUGAGGACAUUGAACCUACACAGAUCACAAGCCAAGUUUAGAACUUUUGCAGCAGCAACAUAUAUUACCUAGUUAAGGUUAUUUAUUUGCAUUUCAUUCCAUCUCUGGUCCUGAAGGUUUUUCGGAAGGAUGUCAAGACUGCAGUACAUCCAUGUUUUUCUGCAAUUGUGUUGUAUACCUGGCAACCUGAGGUGUGGAAUAGGACUGGGCAAUGGACAGAGGGCAAUUCACAGACAAUUAAAAGAAAAGAGCAUACUACCUCUAGCACUGCUGUCAAGAGAUGCCAGUGAUGAAACAUAGUAUGUGAAGACAUAUCCUGAUGUUAUAUUACAGAAAAUAUAACACACAUUAUUUUUUUAAAUAUUUCUAUUGCUUCUUUUACACACAGUAACCCAGAACCUUUCUCAGACAUUACCUGGAGGAAAUAUAAUUGUGAAUGCAAAAGUAAUUAUAUCAACUGCACCAGAUUCCCGAACUAUGAAUAAAUACCAAAGUCUGGGUAAUGUCUGAAUGAGCACAUGUGUAAAUAGAGCAGAUUGUUUCUCAGAGAAUUUAAAGUGCGUCAUGCCACGGAUCCUGCAUGCUCCACACAGGCCAGCCUCUUAAGCCUUCUUACACAAGUCUUAAACAAUGUGAAACAUUUCCUGCAUUGAGAAUGUAUCUAACACAGAAAAUAUCCAGCUGUUUACUACAUGUGUAAACAGGCUACUGCAGAAAAUGUACUAGCCUCAUUCUACAGACAGAGCUCUGGAGACCACUUCAGUUUCAGUUUAGUAUGUAGUACAUUUAUAUAUAAUAUUCAGAAUACCUUCUUUUAACAUGUUUUAGUCUUUAACUUCCUAAGUCUUAAGAAAUGUUUACUUAUCUUCUAUGCACAUGCUUGUGAAAUGCUUGUAAUUUGAGGUCAGGAUCAGUUGUUAGUAUGCUGCUGCUUCUGCUUUUUUCUUAUUCCUGAUGAAUUAGAGCAUAAAUGUUCUACUGCAUAACUGCAGACUUAAGACUAAGAAUUUAUACAGCAAUUAGCCAUAACAUUAAUACGAUUCGCAGUUGAGGUGAAGAACACUGAUUUUCUGCUUCCAGAAAGCAGUUUUAACUAAAUUAAUUAAAGCUAAGCAAAAUAAACAAAACUGUAAUUCUUAAAAAAUAAUAAUAUAUUCAAACGAG